GGUCAUUGUUGUGGGUAAUAUAAUGGGUGUUUACAAAGAUGAAGGAUGGUUCUAUGAGGGUUGCAAUAGAUGUAACAAGAAGAUCAACAAAGUUGUUAAUCUGAGCGAUGAAACACAGGCAUCAGGUUCAGCUGUAACAAAAGAGGUUCUUACCUGUAUCUCUGAUCGUUGUGCUUUUAAAACUAUAACUUCUUAUCUGAAGUACAAGAUUCAACUUAGAGUUCAAGACCCUUCUGCCUCUGUUACACUUACUUUGUUUGAUCGUGAAGCACGGAAGUUGGUAGGAAAGUCUGUUGAUGAGAUUCUUAAUGCCAACCCUGAAUUUGUAAGUUUACAUUUAGUAAGCAUUUAG